AUGGAGGCUGCAGCAGCGACGGCACUUGUUGGUCCUGCUCGUCGGCAGGUGCUCAUCCUGGCCUUGCUUCUCCUCAUGGCUGCAUCCAUGGCUCGACGAGCUUCUUCUGAUGGAGUGCGAUAUGAUUAUAGAGCUUGCACUGAGUGCAAACCUCACCCGGAGCCUGCUCUGUACAAUGGUGGCGUCCUGCGCUGGGCGAGCAAAAUAACAGACUUCAGAACAGAGGACGAAGGGAACUACUCCCCGGCAUUUGUGCUCUACAACAUGUCGGCGGCAACUGCAUACAGCUUCUCUUGUUGGGUGAAAAUCGAUGGACCAGAGGGCGCACAUGUGAAGGCAAAGAUCCUGACCCUAGAAAACGCCGCAUCACAAUGCGUUGGCACAGUUAUCGUGCGAAACGACUGCUGGUCUUUUCUCAAAGGAGGUUUUAUUCUCAACUCGCCGUCUCAAACCUCGGUCCUCUAUUUCCAGACUGCAAGCCCAAAUGCUUCGACAAUCUCAAUCAGAAGCGCCUCCUUGCAACCCUUCUCACCUGAUCAGUGGAAUCAGCACAGGGAGGACCGUAUCCAACUGAUUCGGAAGCGCUUCGUGAACGUCCAUGUCUCAGACGGCAACGGUAGCCGCGUGGUCGGGGCGAACGUCGCCGUGCAUCAGAUAACCCGAGAUUUCCCCUUCGGUUCCGCCAUCAGCAAGAGCAUCAUCGGGAACAAGCCGUACCAGGAGUGGUUCAACGCGCGGUUCAACGCGGCGGUGUUCGAGAACGAGCUCAAGUGGUACGCGACGGAGCCGUCCCCGGGGAAGGAGGACUACGCGGCGGCGGACCAGCUGCUGCAGUUCGUGCAGUCCAACGACGUGAUGGCGCGCGGGCACAACAUCUUCUGGGAGGACCCCAAGUACACCCCGGCGUGGGUGAAGAACCUGACGGGGUCGCAGCUCAAGGCGGCGGUGGCCGGGCGCAUCGAGAGCCUGCUGUCCCGGUACAAGGGCGACUUCGUGCACUGGGACGUGAGCAACGAGAUGCUGCACUUCGACUUCUACGAGAACCGGCUGGGCGGCAACGCCACGGCCGACUUCUUCAGCACGGCCAAGCGCGCCGACCCGCUGGCCACGCUCUUCCUCAACGACUUCAACGUGGUGGAGGCGUGCGACGACCUCAGCUCCAGCGCCGACUCCUACGUCUCCAGGCUCCGCCAGCUCGCCGACGCCGGGGUCACCUUCGAGGGCAUCGGGCUGGAGGGCCACUUCGGCAAGCCCAACAUCCCCUACGUGCGCGCCGUGCUCGACAAGCUGGGCACGCUCCGGCUGCCCGUCUGGCUCACCGAGAUCGACAUCAGCGCCGCCUUCGAUCAGAGGACGCAGGCCGCCUACCUGGAGGAGGUGCUCCGCGAAGGGUUCGCGCACCCGUCCGUGGACGGCAUCAUGCUGUGGACGGCCAUGGGCGCCAACGCCAGCUGCUACCAGAUGUGCCUCACGGACGCCAACUUCACCAACCUCCCCGCCGGAGACGUCGUCGACAGGCUGCUGGGGGAGUGGCAAACCAAGGAGGUGCUAGGCGCCACCAAUGACCGCGGCUCCUUCAACUUCAGCGCCUUCCUCGGCGAGUACAGGCUCUCCGUCACCUACCUCAACCGCACUGCCGACGCCACCUUCUCGCUGGCUCGCAGCGACGACACCAAGCACAUCAACAUCCGUCUGCCGGCCGGUCCAGGACCUGCUUCUGCAGCCUGA